UUUUUGACGUUUUGUUGAAACAUAAGUCGACAAUGGAGCGUCGGCUUUGCUAAACUUAUUUUCUCUAGAAAAAGUUAAUUUUUAGAAGAGUUUUUAGGCAAACAAACUUGAAAAGUAAUGGCCUCGUCAUCCAACGUGAAUGGCAAUCUAGUGGACGAGCUGGAGGAAGCCUUUCAGUCAUGCAUCCACGCACUGACAAAGGAAGAAUCGGCCACCGGAAUUGACAAAGAUGAGAUAAAGCUCGAGGUGGACCAAACAACGCUAAAAUUUAUCGAUCUUGCAAGGCAGAUGGAGGCCUUCUUCCUGCAGAAACGUUUCCUGUUGUCUGCCUUGAAACCGGAUCUGCUGCUCAAGGAGGAAAAUUUCGAUUUGAGACAGGAAAUAGCACGCAAGGACGAACUCAUUCGAAAGCACUACGAGAAAAUUGAGUCUUGGAAAAACCUUCUCUCGGACCAGCAAAACUACAACAAACCGAUGCAGGCCCAUCCGGUACCGCCGGAGAUGCGAAGCAUGACCGGUGGAGCUCCCGGACCGGGAGGGAUGAUGCCAGGUGGCAUGGGAAUGCCGAUGCAGAAUUCCAUGCUAGCUCAACAAAUGCAGCAAGCUCAGCAACAGCAACAAAUGCAAAUGCUCCAGGCCCAACAAAUGCAGCAGAUGCAGUCCAUGCCCAUAGGAGCGAAUCCCCAGCAGUUCCCGCAGGGCGGUGGCGGUCGCGUUGUCGGAGCUGGUGCCCCUGGCUUCCCAGGACAGGGUCCCAACCUGCAAGGGCCUUUAGCUUAUCUCGAGAAAACGGCUAGCAAUAUAGAUCUAGUUGGUAUGGGGGAUGGUCGAAGGUGACGCGGGCGGGGCAGGGGGCGAUCAAGAGGCCGCGGUCGUGGCAGAGGCGGCCGAGGACGAGGCAGUGCUCCCGAGUUUCAUAGCGGUGCGUUAUCUUGAAAAAGGAUCAUCAUUUAGAACACGUUAGACGGUCGUCAUUAGUUUAUAUUACAAUAUACAAACAACAUCAUUCUCUAUAAAAGCAGAAAAAAAGAUUACCAUUUAUACGCAAAUCAAUGCUCCUCCGAUCUGUUACACAGUCAACUGUUGGUUUGGCCUCUCUAUUCCCAGUUUCCAAAAUUCAAACGAAGAACGCAGUCAAUUCAAACGCAAGUCAGUUACAAAAUUACACCGAGAAACAGUGAAUCGGUUGUGUGUUGUAGUGUAAGUCUAAUACCAUGUCCCGAUCAGUUUCGAAGUGAGAUUUGAAAAAAAAAAAUGUAAAAGAUAUCGAACGUAACGCUGUGAGGCGCUUUGAACCCGAUCAGAUAAAAAAAAGUAAAUCCCGCGUAGGGAAGUUAUUGGAAAAAUCAAUCGUUAUGGUAAAAGAGUUUUUGCUUUUGGUUUUGCAAAGCUAUAGUUUCUUUUUAUUGUUUUUUUUAAACUAUACUUUUUGAAAAGUAGUUUUCUUCGUUCUCUUUCACACGUCACCUAUUUUAGCAUUACGUUAAUCUUGACCGAACUUUAGGCCAAUACACUGUGUCUGCUUUUAUUAAACUAUAUUGAACAUAAGCUAUGUAAGAGUAUAAAUUUGCACCGAUAGGGAGCAUAUUUUUGAAAUAUAUUAAUCACAUACUACGAA